AUGGACCUAACCAAGAAGCGCAAGCUCGACGAGAACGGCGUCGUUCUGGACACCGACCCCUCCUCCGUCCCCAAGCUCGACCGCGAAGACGCCCGCAAAAUCAUCGAGCGAUUCAGCCCCGAUCAGCUCAUCGACGUCCUCCUCGACGCCAUCUCCCGCCACUCCGACGUCCUCGACGCCGUCCGAUCCAUCGCCGAUCCCGACACCGCCCAGCGCAAGCUCUUCAUCCGCGGCCUCGGUUGGGACACCACCACCGAGGGCCUCCGCAGCCUCUUCUCCGCCUACGGCGAGCUCGAGGAGGCCAUCGUCAUUCUCGACAAGAACACCGGCAAGUCCAAAGGCUACGGCUUCGUCACCUUCAAGCACGUCGACGCCGCAUACCUCGCCCUCAAGGAGCCCAGCAAGAAGAUCGACGGCCGCAUGACCGUCACGCAGCUCGCCGCCGCCGGCAACCAGGGCGGCGGCGGCGGCGGCUCCACCACCGCGUCAGUGAACCCGGUGGAUGUGUCGCUUCGGAAGAUUUAUGUGGCCAAUGUGCCGUAUGAGAUGGCGGCGGAUAAGCUGCUGGCGCAUUUCGCUCAGUACGGCGAGGUUGAGGAGGGGCCGCUAGGGUUUGAUAAGCAGACUGGGAAAUGCAAAGGCUAUGCUUUGUUUGUGUACAAGACUCCCGAGGGAGCACAGAAGGCGCUUGUGGAUCCGAUUAAGAACAUUGAGGGCAGGCAGUUGAAUUGUAAAUUCGCUAGCGAUGGGAAGAAGCCGAAGAUGGGCGGUGGUGCCGACGGAGGCAGUCAGGGUCAGGGGCCUGUAGGUGGACCGAAUGCCCAUGGAGAUGGGAUGGGCAUGGCUCCUCCCUCGUCGAUGCCUGGCCAGUAUGGCGGGCCGGGCGGGUUUGGGUAUGGAGGGUUUUCAGGUGGGCAGCCUCCGUUGGGGCAUCAUCAUCUGGGUGGACCGGGGCUGUCAUCUUUGGGAAAUCAAGGGCCGGGUAGUGGUGGGUAUGGUUCUGGAUUGGGUGGUCCUUAUAAUUACGGUGGACCUGGUUCUACUGGAUAUGGUUUGGGUGGUGCUGGUGGGUUGGGUGGAGUUGGUGGUGGAGGCUUGGGUGGGGGAGUACCUGGUAGCGGCACUGGUACUGGGUCAUCUUUGUAUGGACUGCCACCGAGCUCAGGCGGCUUGCCUUCUGGUAGGUAUCCUGAGGGCGGACCCUAUGGCCUGUCAGCAUUUCAGAAUCAACACCACCAGCCAGGCACGUCACCAUUGCCAAGGGUUCCUCCAGGGGGAAUGUAUCCCAGUGCACCUUAUUACUGAGCCACUGAGGUGUAUGACCGCUUAUUGGGAGCUGAUGCUUUAUGUGGUUCUGGUGAUUUGCGUGAUUGCAGAGUAUAUGCUCUCAUUUGAUGAUUGUAUUAGCUGUGCUUUUAUCGCCACUUCCUCUCUUCAUCUGCGCCUUUUAAGAUGUAGGUCAUUUCUGAGUUAUGGUAGUCAGCGUGACUAAAGUAGAUUAGUUUGUAUUCUGUCAGGAACAGAAGUGUUACUUGCUUGUUUAAUACAUUUUUAUUUUAUGAAUUAUAGUU